UCCGGGGGCGGAGCCGGCGCGGCCGGCCGGGCAGUCGGGCGCGGGCCGCGGGCCGCGAUGGGCGAGGGCGGUCUGCCCCCGGCCUUCCAACUGCUGCUGCGCGCCUGCGAUCAGGGCGACACCGAGACGGCGCGGCGACUGCUGGAGCCGGGAGCGGCGGAACCGGCAGAGCGCGGUGCGGAGCCUGAGGCGGGCGCGGAGCCGGCGGGGGCCGAGGCGGCCGGGCCCGGGGCGGCGGCGGCGGCGGCGGCGGCGGCCGGAGCGCCAGUGCCGGUGGACUGCUCGGACGAGGCGGGCAACACUGCGCUGCAGUUCGCAGCGGCCGGGGGCCACGAGCAGCUGGUGCGCUUCCUGCUGCGUCGCGGCGCCUCGGUCAACAGCCGCAACCACUACGGCUGGAGCGCGCUCAUGCAGGCAGCCAGAUUUGGGCACGUGAGCGUGGCACACCUCCUUUUGGAUCAUGGGGCUGAUGUCAAUGCCCAGAACCGGUUGGGGGCCAGUGUGCUCACCGUGGCCUCUCGAGGUGGCCACCUGGGCGUGGUGAAGCUGCUCCUGGAAGCCGGUGCCUUCGUGGACCAUCACAAACCCUUAGGCGAGCAGGUGGGGGACAGCAGGGACGAGCUGCUGGGCAUCACUGCCCUAAUGGCUGCCAUCCAGCAUGGACAUGAGGCUGUGGUGCGUCUGCUCAUAGAAUGGGGUGCAGACCCCAACCACGUGGCCCGGACCGUGGGCUGGAGCCCACUGAUGCUGACGGCCCUCAUCGGGAGGCUUGGCAUGGCUCAGCAGCUGGUGGAGAAGGGGGCCAACCCUGACCACCUCAGCGUGCUGGAGAAGACCGCCUUCGAGGUGGCACUUGACCGCAGGCACAGGGACCUCGUGGACUACCUGGACCCACUGACAACCGUCAGGCCCAAGACAGAUGAGGAGAAAAGGCGACCUGAUAUUUUCCAUGCAUUGAAAAUGGGAAACUUCCAGCUGGUCAAGGAGAUUGCCGACGAAGACCCCAACCAUGUGAAUCUGGUCAAUGGAGAUGGUGCGACCCCCCUGAUGUUGGCAGCUGUCAUGGGGCAGCUGCCUCUGGUGCAGCUACUGGUGGAGAGGCAUGCUGACGUGGACAAGCAGGACAGCGUGCACGGCUGGACAGCACUCAUGCAGGCCACCUACCACGGGAAUAAGGAGAUUGUCAAAUAUCUGCUGAACCAAGGGGCUGAUGUCACUCUUCGUGCAAAAAACGGGUACACGGCAUUUGACCUAGUGAUGCUGCUGAGUGAUCCUGACACGGAACUUGUUCGACUGCUGGCAUCUGUCUGCAUGCAGGUGAAUAAAGACAAAGGCCGGCCCAGCCACCCACCACCCCUGCCCCACUCGAAGGUCCGACAGCCCUGGAGUGUCCCAGUGCUGCCUGAUGACAAAGGCGGACUUAAGUCCUGGUGGAACCGAAUGUCCAAUCGGUUCCGGAAGCUCAAGCUGAUGCAGACACUACCCCGUGGGCUGUCCAGCAACCAGCCAUUGCCUUUCUGUGAUGAGCCAGAGCCAGCACUGGACUCCACAAUGAGGGCCCCACCCCCCGACAAGAUGAGCCGGUCUGGGCUCCCCGAUGUGGCCCCCAUGACCAAAGACAAUGGUCCUGGGAGCACCAGAGGAGAAAAGGAAGAUGUAUUAUUGACAACCAUGCUUCGAAAUGGAGCCCCCUUCACCAGACUCCCGAGCGACAAGCUGAAGGCAGUCAUCCCCCCUUUCUUACCCCCUUCCAGCUUUGAGCUGUGGAGCUCGGAUCGGUCCCGGACAUGUCACAAUGGGAAGGCAGACCCCAUGAAGACCGUGCUGCCCCAGAGAGCCAGCAGGGGCCAGCCCGUGGGCAGUGGGAGUACAGACACCACCCCUGUCAGGCCUGUUAAAUUUCCAUCUCUCUCCAGAAGCCCGGCCUCGCCCGCCAAUUCUGGAAACUUCAAUCACUCACCUCAUUCCUCUGGUGGCUCCAGUGGGGUAGGGGGCCUAAGCAGGCAUGGUGGGGAGCUGCACAACCGCUCAGGUGGCAGCAUAGACAGUGUCCUGUCCCAGAUCGCUGCCCAGAGGAAAAAAGCAGCCGGAUUAUCCGAGCAGAAGCCCAGCCAUCGGUCAAGUCCUGUUGGGCCAGCGCCUGGCUCCAGCCCAUCCGAGCUCCCGGUCUCCCCGGCAGCAGCCAGCAGUGUUCCUGGUGGGAAGCAGAAACUAGAGACGAGCAAAAGGCCUCCGUCUGGAACUUCAACUACCUCCAAAAGCACCUCCCCAACCCUCACGCCUUCGCCUUCUCCCAAAGGGCAUGCGGCGGAAUCCUCCGUGUCCUCCUCCUCGUCCCACCGACAGUCUAAGAGCAGUGGGGGCUCCAGCAGUGGCACCAUCACUGACGAGGAUGAACUGACUGGAAUCCUUAAGAAAUUAUCACUUGAGAAAUAUCAGCCCAUUUUUGAGGAGCAAGAGGUGGAUAUGGAAGCCUUCCUCACGCUCACUGACGGUGACUUGAAGGAGCUGGGUAUUAAGACAGAUGGAUCCAGGCAGCAGAUUUUGGCAGCGAUUUCUGAACUGAAUGCAGGCAAGGGACGCGAGAGACAAAUCUUACAGGAAACCAUUCACAACUUCCACUCUUCCUUCGAGAGCAGCGCCAGCAACACCAGGGCCCCUGGAAACAAUCCGUGUACGUGACCCUCCUUCUCGGGGUCACCGGCAUGAGCUUUCUGAACCUCAGUACCCUCUGCAUACGGCCAGUGCUCCAGCCACCUGUCCUUCCCCAUUCUCUGAAACAUACAAUGCUUUGUCACACUACUGUGCUUUCAUCACACUAUUCCCUCUGCCUGGAAUGCCAGUCUUCCUUUCCCUAUUAUAGGAGUGGGUGAUGCUAGUUGCGGUAACAAACUCCAACACAGUAGAGACGUAUUCUGCUAUAGGACCUCGUAUGGCUGCCUGUGCUGGGCAGAAGCACACGGUAAUUCAGGGACCCAGCUCCUCCUGUCUGUGGCUCUGCCAUUCCCAGGGGCCUUGGAGUCUUUGCUUCUGGCUGGCAGAGGAGAAGGGGAUGGUGGUGAAGGUACAGCCACUUAACUGCCUUGCUCUUAACGGCUCACAUUCCAUCAGCCACCCAAAGUCACAUGGCCCCACCUUGAUGAAAGGAGACUGGGAAGUGUAGUCUUUGUUCAGGUAGUGCCCUCACAGCUACAAAUCUGUACUUAGAUGAGGGAGCGUAUAUUUUGGAGGAAGUUAGCCACACCACCACCUCCUCCCUUAGAACUUCUAACUUGUCCCUCCCACCAAUGCACCCACCAAAGAAGCUAUUCUUUACUCCCUUGCCCAGAACUAACUCCUCCAGCCACUGGGGCCCCAUACUGGUCUGUAUGAAAAUGGCUCUCACUGCAUCUGCUGCAAACGGCGUACAGCAGCUGUUCAGAUGUGUGCGUUGAAUGCAUUUUUUCUUUCUUGCAAAGACAGCCUUUUUAUAUAGGAAAAAAAAAGAGAGGUCCAAGGGGUCUUGGAGGAUCCCUUCUCUUUCCUUGUCUGUGGCUGGGCAAGACAAUGCUCUGAUAUUCCUCGGUGCUCACUCCGUAUCACUGUAGGGCUUUUCCACUUUGAGUGGAAGCAGAAAACCCUGAUAGAUUACAUUGUGGAAGGACUUGGAUGCUCACAUUUUCCAGGCAAUGAAGUGAGGAAUUUGAAAUUUCUUCUAGACACUGUUAAUGCUGUGUUCCUCAGAAGGGGAUCAGCCCCUGUGGUUUUUCUACCAUGUCAUAUUCUACAAAAAGGACUCUGACUUUUUUGAGUCCAGUAGGUUUCUGAAAUGUUUUCAAGUACGUAAUUCAUUUGGACAACACGUGCUGCACUUCUGCCAUGUGCUGGGUGAUUGGGUGCAGAGAUGAGCCAGAGCCAUUCCCCCCUCUUGAGCACUCUUAAGGAGAAGAUGUGAGUGGAUGGUCCCAGCCUUGAGGGGCAGCCCAGAGGAGUGGAAAGCGUUCUGGACUCGGCUCAGGGUUCUGGUCCUGCCCUGCAGCUGGCCAGCUGUGUGUCCGAAGACAGGUUAACUUGGGCUCUCAGAGCCAAUGUGUGUCAAGUACUUGGUGUGUGGGAUGUGCACGAUGGAUGGCAGCCUUUGCAGGGUUCUCAUCUUCACCAGGAGCCUUGCCAGGCUGCGUGCUGGUGUCCUGGGGAAAUGUGGCCUCUCCUCUCUCCCUCUGGUGCCCAUUUCCCUCCGCUGGCUUCUGCAUUGCCCGCAGCCCCAGUGUUCUCUCUCCCCAUCAUCAAUACAGCAGAUGCUGUUCCUCCUUUACCCUCUCAUCCUCUCACCCAUAGAAGCCAACUUUUCACAUGACUGGAGAGAAGAGGUUUUGUUUCAGCCAUCCCUGGCAAACGCCUUUAUAAAUGUUCCUCAAAUCACAUCUUUCCUUAAGGAGACACGUGUGUGGCAGCUGGACGCCAGUGUCAUCUGUCCUCACCACCAGCCUGGAGGCUGGCAUAGUUUCACCUCAUUCUGCACACUAGAGGCACAGACAGGGAGGAGUGGAGCCCAGCCCAAAAGGAGCAGAGCUGGCUGAGAACAAGAUCUAGCAGGCUUCCGAAACCGGGCUUUUGCCACUGAAUCCUGUAGACUCCUGGAGCUGGAGGCAGCAAGGGUUCUCACUGUUGUAGUGAACUCAUGCCUUCAGAGGCUAUCAGUAGGCCUUGGGUUGUUUACCUCUGAAAUACAUAUGGGCUCCUGAGUUAGGUGCUGUGAGGUUUUGUGCUUGCUCUUUGCUGUCCUGCUGGUCUUUUCAUCGCCCCUCUAUUUGUGCAGCCUUCACUGGGUUAAGUUUGAUUGAGUACCUAUGAUACGCAGGAGCUAUGCCGGGGUCAGCGUUUCACAAAGGCAUACCUCCAGGGUCUCAUAUGAUGACCCCAGACAGAGCAGGGCUUAUUAUUCUCAUUUUGCAGAUGGGAAAGUAGGCUCAGGAUGGAUGCUGCUUUUGUCUUUUUUACUGGACUCAGUGGCUCUAAGGCUUUUUCUCCCAGGCAGUUUGUGCUGGUUGGUAAGAGCUCCUGGGCACCCUUUCUGGGCCAUGAUCACCACCUUUCUGGGCCCCUCCAGGAGGCUAUUCUUAUCCACAUUGUUUCUCUUGCUCAGUGACCACCAGCAUAUCCUAAAGUGUGUUCUUCAGAACCCUAGUUCCAUAGGGUGCUAGCAGGUUUUUUAUAAAGGAAGAUGAAGGAGGAGUUGUGUAUAUAUGACAGUGGGGUGGGGCUCUGGGAUCAUAGAUUUGGCAGACACCAGGUUAAAGGUCAGUUGCAUGAUUUUUGCUACAGGACACCUCAGAAUCCUUAGCAUGCCAUGCAUGAGGUGGGGGGAUUGCUUCAAAGGGACCAUGUAGCUUGUGGCAUUUCCCACAUAUUUGAUCACAGAGUGCUGCUUCACUCUUGCAAGACUGGGGUUCCUUGGACACCACUGGGGAGCCCCUGCUUUGACUGGGAUAGUGGCAGCCCUGAGGCUUCACAGCCCCUGGGGGUGGACCCAAGUGGCACUGGGGGCUUCCGGCUGGGUCAGGGGUCUUUGGUAAGGGCCUCUUCUCUACCCAGCAGUUCUCUUUUUGGCAGUGGGACAUUGUGGUGAGGGAGUCCCCUGACUUUGAGAAGGCUGGGAUCCUGCUCAGAGGGUUCUGCAUCCUGGGUGUUUCCUGCAGAGCCAAGGGCAUCCUUUCUCAGUGUUGGUGCAGGCAUCCUUUCUCAGUGGCCAAGGGGAUGCUCAUGCCUCCUUGCAUCAGCGUCAGACUAUUACAAGUUUUGCACGGAAAACAUUUACUUUUUCGUUUACCAAACAUUUACUGAGCAUUUACCCUAUAUCCUGUGCUUGCGCUUUGGAUCCAAAGAUGAAGAACAGUUGUCUCUGUCCUCAAAGCAUCCACAGGAUCUUAAGGAGACAAUCACUGAAGUCAGACGUUGUGCCAUAAGGAGUUUUGUAAUAAAGGAGUGUGAUGGGUCCACAGCUCGAAGGACUUGUGGGUGACAGCUCAGGGUCAGCCUGAACAGGCCCCAGUGGAAAGACUGGGUCUGAAGGGGUGAGUCAGCACAUCUGGCAGGUGGGAAAGAAAGAGAAAGGGUUCCCCACACUGGGCGUGGCGGGGAGCAGUGUGUGAGAAGGCAGGUGGCAUGUAACAUUUGUGGAUCAAAUAUCAUCAGGGGUAUAGUUAGAUACUUGCUAUUCUGAUUUAAGGUUCUUUUCUUUGAAAUGCUUGGAAGCAGUCAGUUACCUGGAAAGAGUACAGAAUCACCAGUCAGUCCUAGCACUGGGUUUUGGCUCAGCCACUUCUUAAUGGGCAAUGUGCUUCUUUUACUCCUUGAGCCUGUUUCUCUUUUGGUUACAAGGGGAUAGUGCUCCCCCAAGGCACUGAGGAUCAGAUGCAGGUGAAAGCCCUUUUCACACCAUGUGGAGCUGUGCAGAUGUGAGAAAUCUCCAUCACCUGUUUGAAAUCCUCUCUGUCUCUGUUUCUCCCUCCCCUCACCUCCCACUCGUCCUGAAGUAGGCAGGGCUGGGAGGUCGAGGCCAGAAGCAGCAGCCUCCAGCCAGAGGUAGCAGCAGCUUAGAUGGCUCUGCUGGCAUUGGAGCCCUGAGGACGUGAGGGUUGGUGGUGAAUCUCCACCCUCAGCUGUGCCUAACUCUGCUGUUUGUGUCCUUGGGAUGCCCAGCAAAGUGGACAGAAAGAAGCAGGAAGGCCUUCUAGCCAGAUCACAGGAACUGAUCCAGGGAAGGAAUCAGAAAACCCCUCCCAUUUGCUCUUACCUUAGAGCUGCCUAAGGACACUGCCGUGGAGGCCAGGCCUGGGCUAUACAGCUGUGGACAUCUGCGAUGACCUGUGCUUCCAAAAAGGCACCCCCUGAGGGCCUGGGACCCUUCCCAGGAAGAUUUGCAGCCCAGACUAAAGGUGUUAUGAAGCACCAUCUGUACUCUGCUGUCCACUUCAGGCAAGAUGACCACGUCUCAUUAACCAACAGAUCAUCAACAUGCAAAGAGACCACUACUUUCCCUGUCAAAGUUGACAGCAAAUUCUGCAGGACUGGAGGAGAUGGGUGGUGCACCCUCUCUGCAGCUUCCUUCCUAAGGGAGAGACCACCCAGGGUCCCCUCUUCAGGGCCCUCCCUGCCCAGGGAAGUGAGCCGACUCCCAUCAGGGUAAGGUCCCACCCAGUUCCUGUGAGCACUGCCUCCGUAGGGUUCAUAGACACAUGCCAUGGCUGUCCUCUUCCAGGAAACCUUGUCCCUACCAUCCAGGAGGCUGGGCCUCAGCAGGGCCACUUGAUCCUUUGAUAAGAGACCAAGGUGCUGUUUUGUGUCAGCCUAACUGUGUUUCCAUGUACCAUCCAACACUACUUUCUGUUAUUUUAUUAUUUCCAUACAAAGACUUGAUUCUUUGAAGGAUUUUUGUUUGCCAAAUGUAUAUUAAAUAAUGGUGAAUUUGUCUUCUCA